UCCACAAUAUUUGCACCUUUCUCCGCUGUCCGAAGCAUUAAUAUCUGCUUUCUGCGCAUGCGUCCCCACUGGGUCCUGCGUUCAGAAAAGUGACACAUUUUUAAAACAUCGUUAAAUCCAGCUCAAGGUUAGCGUCACCGGAUUUUCCAGAGUGAAAAACGGGCACGUUUUUCUUUGUCUUCAAUUCACUGACGCCGCAUAGCAACUCUGAAACAGCAGAAUAUCACAACACAGUCCUAAUUUGAAAACGAUGCAUCGGGUGCAUGUGUGUUGAACACAAAAACGGGGGCGAUUUUCACUUUUUUUUUUAAACUGUUUCUGACUAGAAUUUAGAUAAAAUAUUUUUGCAGCGGUCUGUAUUUCUACGCAACGUGACGCAACUCCACGUACCGAAUUGCCGGUUUUCAGCAGCUUGGUAAUAGCUUUCUAUUACUUGUUGCCACACUCCCGUAAAGCGGGGUGGCGUCCGGUCCUGCCAACCUGCGUCCUGACCUCCUGCCGCCAAGCGGUGUGGCGCACCGCGCUCUUUAUAGGGGGAGAGCGUUUCCGUCGCGAAAGUGUCGCGAAUGGUGGGCCGGCCAGGGAAGAUGGCGGCGGAGCUGCACCCGCGCAGCGGCAAGCUAAUCGGCCUCACGAACUCGAACCGAACCGCGCACCGCAACCAGCCGAUCCAGGAGUUCAACCACGGACUGGUGCUGAGCCGGGAGCCGCUGCGGGACAGGGAUGUCUUCACCGUCCGCAUCGACAGGAAGGUGAACUCGUGGAGCGGUUCCAUUGAGAUCGGGGUGACCGCCUUGGACCCGUCCUCGCUGGACUUCCCCAGCAGCGCCACGGGCCUCAAGGGGGGGUCCUGGGUGGUGUCGGGCUGCUCGGUGCUGCGGGACGGGCGCUCCAUCCUGGAGGAGUACGGGAGAGACCUGGACCAGCUGUUGGAGGGGGACCGCGUGGGGAUCCAGCGCACCGCGCAGGGGGAGCUGCAUCUGUGGGUGAACGGCCACGAUUGCGGCGUGGCGGCUUUCGGGCUGCCCCCCCGGGUGUGGGCCGUGGUGGAUCUGUACGGGAAGUGCACCCAGAUCACCGUGGAGUCUUGUGAGCCCCCCUCAGAGAGAGAGGGGGAGGAGGAGGAGGGGGAGGUGGAGGAGCAGAGGGAGGAGGCUGCAUUACCAGCUCCCGCAGUGGAGGAGGAAGUACCAGUGUUGCUUCAGAGCCAAAGUCGUCCAGACAAGCUCCCAAACAGCCUGGAUACAGAGAAUGAUUUCACAGAGCAGGAGCUCUCCAGUGUCGUGAACAACGCGAUCCUGUCGGCGUGCUGCGGAGGCGGGGGGAGUAGCGACAGCGGGGGGGGUCUGCUGGAGAUACCUGGGGGAGGGGGCGGGGUCUCCCCGGUGGGCGGAGUCUCCCCAGUGGGCGGGGUCUCCCCGGUGGGCGGGGUCACCACGAAUGACGCCCUGCUGUUCCACGAAAAGUGCGGCACGCUCAUCAAGCUGAGCAACAACAACAAGACCGCGGAGCGCCGACGGCCCCUGGACGAGUUCAACAACGGGGUGGUGAUGACCAACCGGCCACUGCGGGACAACGAGACCUUCGAGAUCCGCAUUGACAAGCUGGUCGACAAGUGGUCGGGUUCGAUAGAGAUCGGAGUGACGACUCACAACCCCAAUAACCUGGACUACCCUGCCACCAUGACCAACCUGAGAUCAGGCACCAUUAUGAUGAGUGGCUGUGGGAUUCUGACCAACGGGAAGGGGACGCGCCGGGAAUACUGUGAGUUCAGUCUGGAUGAGCUGCAGGAAGGGGAUCACAUCGGGCUGAUGAGGAAAGUGGGCGGAGCGCUGCAUUUCUGUAUCAACGGCAUCGACCAGGGUAUAGCUGCCACACAGACCCCCCCCACGGUGUACGGCGUGGUUGACCUCUACGGCAUGGCGGUCAAGGUGACCAUCGUCCACAACCACAACCACAGCGACCGUCUGCGGAGGAACAACGCCAUCAUGCGGGCGCUGUCCCCCGACGUGGGGCGGGGACGCGGCGCCCUGCAGCUGGGAGGAGACCCCGACAGCGACCGACUGCUCUUCCACCUCAACUGCGGCCAGAAAGCGGCCAUCAUCAACGAGGGCAGGACUGCACUGCGGCCACAUGCCACGGACGAUUUCAACCACGGCGUGGUCCUGAGCGCCCGCCCCCUGCGCAGCAACGAGGUCUUCCAGGUGCGCAUUGACAAGAUGGUGGACAAGUGGGCGGGGUCGAUCGAGAUCGGAGUCACCACCCACAACCCCGCCUACCUGCAGCUGCCCUCCACCAUGACCAACCUCCGCUCAGGUACUUGGAUGAUGACCGGGAAUGGAGUCAUGCACAACGGAACCACGAUCCUGGACGAAUACGGACACAACCUGGACCGCUUGAAGGCUGGUGAUACGGUGGGGGUGGUACGGAAGGACGAUGGCAGUCUGCACUUCUUUGUGAACGGAGUGGCUCAGGGUCCCGCUGCCUGGAACGUGCCUCCCAGUGUGUACGCUGUGGUGGAUCUGUAUGGACAGGCAGCCCAGGCUACCAUCAUGGAUGACAUGGCGGAUCUGCCCCCCCUCCCCGACGAUAUCUCCGAGGGCAACAACCAGCUGUCUCCCAGCAGCCCUUGCUCAGUGGUGUCGGCCAAUGACCUUCGCUUCCAUCAUCUCCACGGCAGCAAUGCUGUCAUCACCAACGGGGGCCGGACCGCCCUGAGACAGAACUGUCGCAGCGAGUUCAACGACGCCAUCGUCAUCUCCAACAGGUCCCUGCGGGACGGAGAGCUCUUUGAAAUCGUGAUUCAGAAGAUGGUGGAUCGCUGGUCGGGGUCUAUUGAGGCUGGAGUGACUGCGAUCAGGCCGGGGGAGCUGGAGUUUCCCAACACCAUGACUGACAUCGACUACGAUACCUGGAUGCUCAGUGGCACGGCGAUCAUGCAGGACGGCAACACCAUGCGCAACAACUACGGCUGUGACCUGGACUCCCUGACCACGGGCUCCAGGAUCGGGAUGAUGCGCUCGGCCACGGGGGACCUGCACUACUACAUCAACGGCGUGGACCAGGGCGUGGCCUGCUCGGGGCUGCCCGCUGAGAAAGAGGUUUUUGCAGUUAUUGAUCUAUACGGUCAGUGUGUCCAGGUGGCCAUCACAAGUUCCUCCGGUCCUCUGGACAACAGUCUGUCCACCUGCAACAUCACAGAGAAGAGCUUCCCCAUUCACUCUCCAGUCCCGGGGGUGGCUCACCGGCUCCACAGUAACCAUGGGAAGAACGUGAUGCUGCAGAGCGAGGGCUGCCAGGCUGUGCGAGGGGGCGGAUACUCGCAUGGCAUCGUCUUCAGCAUCAAGGAGCUCAAAUCAGACGAGCUCUUUGAGGUGAAGAUUGAUGAGGUGGACGAGCAGUGGUCAGGCUCUCUCCACAUUGGACUGACCACCCUGCAGCCGGCAGACAUCCCCUGCACCUUCCCCGGCCUGUCCGCACGCCUGCUCGACCUCCGCACAAAGGUCACCUGGCUGGUCACGGGCUCAGAGGUCCGGCGCAACGGUACCCUUCAGAAACAGAACUACGGGUGCUCUCUGGAUCGACUGAGGGUGGGGAAUCGUGUGGGUGUGAAGCGAUGCAGUGAUGAUUCCAUGCACAUCCUGAUCGACGGAGAGGACAUGGGGCCAGCUGCCACUGCAGUAGCCAAGAAUGUGUACGCGGUGCUGGACCUGUACGGUCGCGUGACAGCGGUGUCAGUCGUGAGCUCCACUGUUCUGGACGAGACUGAGGGCACCAAGGUCCCCUCCCUGUCUUCAGAGAUCUGCAGUGAGGAGGAAGAGGAGCCCACUCCGUGUGAGAAUGAGGCUCCUCUGGUUCCCACCACGAUGCAGUUCCUGGAGAAUCAUGGGAAGAACAUCCUCUUGUCCAAUCAGAACCUCACUGCCACCCGCGUCUCCAGCUACAACCAGGGCCUGCUGGUCACGAACCAGCCCCUCCCCCGACAGCAGCUCUUCCAGGUGCAGAUUGAUCGCUUGAACCCCACGUGGACCUCCUCCUUGUCUCUGGGAGUGAUUGGCAGCUCUCUGGAGAGGAGCAGCUUCCCCUCCACUGCCUGCUGCCUCAAGCGCUCCUCCUGGCUGCUGCAGAGAGGCUGCGUCUUCCACAACUCACUCAAGAUCUGCGACAACUACGGCCCCAACUUGGACACAUGUCCCGAGGGGACGGUGCUGGGGCUGCUGGUGGACGCUAACAGCUGCCUGCACCUGUAUGUGAACGGCAUGGACCAGGGGGUGGCCGCCCAAGACAUCCCCAGCCCCUGCUUCCCUCUGCUGGAUCUGUACGGCCAGUGUGAGCAGGUUACCAUAGUUACCAACGAUGUGCCAGCAGUGGGUGGAGACAGCAGCAACCCCCGUUGCCAAGGCGACAUGGAGAAGGCAGACAUGGUAGAUGGUAUCAAAGAGAGCGUGUGCUGGACCCCCCCUCUUGAGGUGAACCCCAUGAAGAUGUGUGAAUACCAGGCGCUGUGCAGCCGCUUCAAAGAUCUGCUCUCCCUGCCAGACGGUUACUUCAAUGAAGACCUCAAGGCUAACCUGUGCUACUGCGAGUCGUGCCACAAGCUGCGUGGGGACGAGGCGUACUACAAGAGAGGGGAGCCCCCCCGAGACUACGCUGCGCCCUUCGGCUGGUGCUGCUUCUCGCUGAGGAUUAACCCACGCUGUGACGCGGCCAACACCUUCAAGAAGUGGCACAUGGCAUACCACGGUACGAGCGUGGGGGCGCUGCGCAGGACCCUGGACCAGAGCGAGCUCGUUACAGGCAGUGCGUCGAUAUUCUCUGCAGCGCAGACCAAGGGUGACGUGCAGAACGGCUACAGCGAGCCAGAGGAGAACAGCGCCCCCGAGAGAGAGGAGGUGAAAGUGCAGCUCUCCCCGACCAUGCGCUACUCCGGUCUGGACAACUUUGCCCCCAAAGUGCAAUUCAGGGACCCCCGCUCUCUGCGCUGUCACCAUGCCCAGGUAGCCCUGCAGGUGUGUGUGCGUCCUGGCUCCUACAAGAUCGGGGCGCAGAGCCUGGGGCUGAGCGAGGCCCUGGACCCCCGAUUCAGCAACAGCGAGAUCGAGUGGAUCAGCAAGGAGAAGGGGGGCACCCUGCUGUACGGACUCCUGAUCAGGAUAGAGUAGGGGGGGUGGAGGGGGGGGGGGUAGGAGGGGAGCUUCAGAAACAUCUAGACUGUGUGAAGCUCUAAUGAUCUGGAAAGAGGCACGGACUUCAACCUUCAGAAACAUUGAGACUGAGUGAAGCCCUAAUGAUCUGGAGAGAGGCAUGGACUUCAACCUUCAGAAACAUCUAGACUGUGUGAAGCUCUAAUGAUGUG